UGAUAAUGUAAUACCGAGAGCAGUAGUAUUUCUUACGAGUACAAUGAAGGCUCCUCUGUUCUUUGUUGCUGCACUGGUCGCAGUUGCGGUGGUGCACGGACAACCAGAAGAGUCGACCACUGCCGCCAUCAACAGUGAGGAACAGCCGUCCGCCACCAUCCCAGCUGUGAGAACAUUGGUGGCGGCGUCGUACGCGGAAGAAGACGAGGAUACCAUUUGUGUCCAGGCAGACAACAAGUUCUACUUGUAUGCCAAUUCACUGAAGCUGUAUUCUUGCUACCACCUGCUACCGAAGGUUUACGUGGUGAAACCAAAGAGUCUAUGUAAACCAGUCCUGUCAGACUGUCCCAAGAACUAGUGUGUCGGCUCAUCCUGGAGGAACUGAUUCUUCUGGGACUGAGUGAAGACGAGAUGGCUGUGCUUCUGACUGAAGACAUCAACAAUUUUCACGGAAAGCAGUAAAUUCCUAGAGUGUAGAACUUACCUCUUUCACUAGCAACAAAAACCGGUGGAAUCAACUUAUAUUCUUUUAUGACAGUGUCUGAUUGGUUCACGAUAUGCAAUAAAUCAGCUUCACAAUCAGGCUAGAAACUGAGUGCAAAAAUUAUUAUUUAAAACAUGGUUUUACGUGUUUUUUUAAUCUUUCUUUUAGCCUUGUAAUAGUUUUAUUCUGAUACAAUAAAACUGUACUUUCAUGUCGUCAA